UCAAGGGCGCGGUAGGCGAGCACUGGUCCCGUCCAUGGCCGAGGAGGAGCCCCAGCUGCAGGCAGCCGAGGGCGUGGCCGAGCCGGAGCUGGAGACGCCGGGCUGGAUGUCCCCGCAGGAUGCAGGACCCCAGCCCAGAAGUUAUGAGAUCCGACACUACGGACCAGCCAAAUGGGUCAGCACUUGCGUGGAGUCUAUGGACUGGGAUUCGGCCAUCCAGGCUGGCUUUACAAAACUGAACGGCUACAUACAAGGGAAAAACGAGAAAGAGAUGAAAAUAAAGCUGACAGCUCCGCUGAUGAGCUAUGUGGAGCCGGGCUCCGAUCCUUUCAGCGAGUCUAGCAUUACCAUCUCGCUGUACCUCCCCUCGGAGCAGCAAUCCGAUCCACCCCGGCCUUCGGAGUCAGAUGUCUUCAUUGAAGAGCGAGCUGGGAUGACUGUGUUUGUACGGUCUUUUGAUGGAUUCUCGAGUGGCCAGAAGAAUCAAGAACAGCUUUUGACAUUAGCCAGCAUUUUGAGGGAUGAAGGGAAAGUUUUUGAUGAAAAGGUUUUCUAUACUGCAGGCUACAACAGUCCUUUCCAGCUGCUCAAUAGAAACAAUGAGGUGUGGCUGAUUCAGAAAAGUGAACCCUCCAAGGACAAUGAAUGACGCAAUGAAAGGCAGACCAUUGCCGGGAGCAAGCUUUGUGUUUAGUGUAGACCUGGUCAGCCCCUAAGUAAAGUGUAGAUCUGCAAUCUACAUGGGAGUAGAACUAAGAAAAAUAGUUUCAAUGUGCUUUUUGAAUGCUUGAAGCUUUAUUUAGAUACACAGGUAAUAGGACAAAUCUAUAAACACAUAAAUUGGUCAUGACUCUGGUGGCCUUUAUUUCUUUGAAAACUCAGGGAAAUGUCAUAGUCCCCCCCCCCAUUCCUGUUUGGGUGUGUUAUUGGAAUGUUACCUUAAUAGCAAUAAAAUAAUGUUAAGGAA